GCUAGCUUAGCCGUCCUGUGCGCGAAGCGUCCGACGCCUUGACGGGUUGUGAAUCUGACACGACAAACUUGGAGGGGAGAAGGAAAAAAAACAAAAAAAAAAACCCGCCGGCUAAGAGGAAACGUUCGAGGAGAAAGACGGCUACCUCUCAGCCGGUGGAGGGUGACGUUGGCAUACCACAUCUCCGCGGUCGUUCGCCGGACAUAAAAGAUUUGGGCACGGGAAACGGUGAAAAGACGGAGAGUUGUCAACCGCUGCCAUGGCGCGAGACUACGAUUACCUCUUCAAAUUGCUCAUCAUCGGGGACAGCGGUGUGGGGAAAAGCAGCUUACUACUGAGGUUUGCAGACAACACAUUUUCAGGCAGCUACAUUACCACCAUCGGUGUGGACUUCAAGAUCCGCACGGUGGAGAUAAAUGGGGAAAAGGUAAAGCUGCAGAUCUGGGACACGGCGGGACAGGAGAGGUUCCGCACAAUCACGUCCACGUACUACCGAGGCACACAUGGGGUGAUAGUGGUUUAUGAUGUCACCAGUGCAGAGUCAUUUGUAAAUGUCAAAAGGUGGCUUCAUGAAAUCAACCAGAACUGUGACGAUGUUUGUCGAAUAUUAGUGGGCAAUAAGAACGACGACCCUGGCUCAAAGGUGGUGGAGACGAACGACGCGCAGAAGUUCGCCGAGCAGAUGGGCAUCCAGCUGUUUGAAACCAGUGCCAAGGAGAACAUCAACGUGGAAGAUAUGUUCAACUGCAUUACUGAGCUGGUUCUGAAGGCAAGGAAAGAGUCUGUGGCCAAGCAGCAGCAGCAGAGCGAGGUGGUGAAGCUCAGCAAGAACAGCAAGCGCAAGAAGAAGUGCUGCUAGCAGCCCGAGCGGUCCCGGUGGUCCAGCCGCACACGCCACUGAACUGUCGAGCCGCAAAACACCACAAGCAACAACCCCAGGGAGUCUAGCGGCGCUAAACCUUAAGAGAUGUAUCUAUAUGUACAUUUACUAAUGAAAUCGAUAACAAGCCCUUUUGGACUUGGGAAAAUUCGUAAAAGGACGCAUCGCAGACUCAAAAUGUACAGAUCUGUGAGAGAGCGGAAUUGGGUGGCAGCCCGUAUUCUUUCUGCAAUGGUUCUGAAAGACCAAUGCCACAACUUUUUAAAGGGGAAGGACUUUUCUUUUUACAUCUUUUUGGCCCCGUACCCUCCUCACACCAAACCCCACACAAACACAUACACCUUAUUUUUGAAACCCAUCACCAUGUUUGGGAUAAGUAAGGUCAGGCCUAUCUGCUCCUUUUUUCAGCUGUGCGUUUUGUGAGUUAUCUGUGACAUGCCACUGUGCCAACAACAGAAAAGAGGAUGAUGGCAGUCAAAAAUCAAAUGAUGCAUUUGAAAAUGUAAGCACAUAUCACUGAAUUAGAGUUCUGACAUCAGGAAUUUCUUCUGGAGUACCACUCCCCUCUCCUGUUGAGCAUCCAGUCAUGUCCUCUUGCUCCUCUUGAUUGACAGCCUGGCUGCCAUUUGACCAAAUGAUUGCUCUCCUGCCAGUCUCUCAGACAAGUUGGUGUGAUUUUUGUUGUUUUUUGAGGGGGUAUUUUUGUUUUUGCUUGCUCUUUUGCAUUUUUUCUCUUUUUUUUUUUUUUUUUUUGUAAAUUUCUAUAGAUUUUUUGUUGUUGUUGUUACUAACAAACCUUAUACCACUAUAAACAGCCAAACAGUUGGUAGCAUUCCUAGAAUUUGGAGCCACUGAUUGGACAUUUUUGCUCCUUCAGUGCUGGGUGAAUUUACUGGACCUGCAGAGACACAACUUGUGAAUGGAGAAAUGGUUUCUUUGUUCUAGAACUACAUGGUAAAAUUCCAGCAAUGUUGUAAAGAGGUAAAGAUAGUGUGGAGUUUUGAGAGGACUCUAUCUGUGGUACUAGAUAACAGUAACUCUUGCGGUUUUAAAAAUGACAACCUUUCAUGCUGAUCAAAGAGAAUAUGACCUUCCCUGACUUUUCUUGAUUCACAUUUAAGCUACUUUGUGGAAGAAAACUAAAAAUAAAUUCAAGUGAUCAUCUCAGAGGCACACACAAACCCCACCAGAUGCAGAAUAAUGUUUGUACUUGUUAAGUACAGAUGUGACGCAGGAGUCUACAAGAAGAACUUUAAAAUAUAAAGAAAAGGGGGAACUGUAGACAUUCGAGUUCUGGCACUGUCAGAUCAGGUUUGAUCAUGAUUAGAUACCUUAUGGCACACAGGAAGUAGGCCUGACAAUUGUUUUAUAUGGGUCGGCAACCAUGGUCACAAUUCUUUGCAGUGAGAUUCCAGCUUAUCAUCAGGAAUUUAAACCCAUAGAAAUGGAUACAAGCCCUAAUUUGUUUUUGUAUAUCUGUAUCAUAAUUUGUGUGCCAUGCAUAUGAAAUGACACGUAUACAAACACGCAUGUCUGUAUGGGGAUACUGACGUUUGUGUGUUUAUACAUGUGUAUAAACACUUUUUUUCCAGUGUGUUGGCAAAAAACUGAAAUCUUGCCACUCAUUCAUUGUUCUCAUCAUGAAUCUAACCGAUGGUAAUAAACAUUUUAAGAUAA